UCUAUCAGACGAGGGAGGUGAGGAAAUCAGAGCGCUUCCUUAGUCCCCCCCUACCACCCUCCACCCCACUUGCUCUCUCUCUCUUUUUCUCUCAACCUCCCUCUCUCUCUAUUUCGUUUGCAUCCGACCGAUCGACCGCCACUUGCAGCCAUUUUACGUAGGACGAACCCAAUCAUGUCGUGAGGCAAGCUUGCUGGUUACCUGGACAGAGCCGGCAACCGUUGGUGGUCGCACGCAGGCGGGCGGACAGGUCCGGUCAAAAUGGUGAAGAGGAAAAGCUUGGACGAUAACGACCCAGAGUGCGGGAAGGGAAUACCGUUCCCAAUCCAGACCUUCUUGUGGAGGCAAACCAGUGCAUUCCUGCGUCCAAAGUUGGGUAAACAGUAUGAAGCAUCCUGCGUGUCUUUUGAGAGGGUGCUGGUGGAGAACAAGCUCCAUGGGUUGUCGCCGGCCCUGUCAGAGGCCAUCCAGAGCAUCUCCCGCUGGGAACUCGUCCAGGCAGCCCUGCCUCAUGUUCUUCACUGCACCUCCAUCCUGCUGUCUAACAGGAACAAGCUGGGCCACCAGGACAAGCUGGGCGUGGCUGAGACAAAACUACUCCACACACUCCACUGGAUGCUGCUAGAUGCUGCCCAAGAAUGCAACCAUGAGCCUAGUCUGAGCCAUGGCUGGUCUGGGGGCAGCAGCAGCAGUGCUUUCCUUCAACCUGUGGGGAAUCAGGGCUCCUCCCCAGGUGCUCCUGGCUCCUGUUCUGGGUCAGGUGGGUCGGGGCCUCAGCACAGCAGUUCCCUUCUGGAGGAAGACGAGCAUGCUCGUACCAAGUUGUUCCACAAAAGCAUGGCCACCGUGGAGCUGUUUGUGUUCCUGUUCGCUCCACUUAUUCACAGGAUAAAGGAGUCAGACCUGACCUUUCGAUUGGCCAGUGGGCUCAUAAUAUGGCAGCCAAUGUGGGAACACCGCCAGCCUGACAUCCCUGCCUUUACUGCACUAAUCAAACCUGUCAGAAACAUUGUGACGGCAAAGAGGAACUCCCCAGUCAACAACCAGUGCAGCCCCUGUGGAUCCGGCAACCCACGUCCCAUGGGCUUCCAGGUGGUUUGUGAAGCCACUCAAUCUGAUUCCUCCUCCCCCGCAUCGGGAGAGCAGAGCUGUCGCCGUGGUAACUCCGUGGAGAAAGGUGGCACGUCUCAACAAGCCCCUCUGGUCAAAGGCCCUUCAAAGAAAAAAAUUUCAGCACCAGCCGGUCUGCCAGCAUCUCUGGCCCAGCAGGCCCGUUAUGCCACCUACUUUGAUGUGGCAGUCCUGCGUUGUCUGCUGCAGCCACACUGGACAGAAGAAGGUGUGCACUGGGCCUUGAUGUAUUAUCUUCACCGCCUGAGGCAGAUCCUGGAGGAGAGACCUGAGCGCCCCCCUGAACCCCUUAUUGCACCUCUACCACGCCCACGCAGCAGCUCCAUGGUGGCUGCACCACCUUCACUGGUCAACACUCACAAAACCCAGGAUAUGAGUCUAAAAUGCAACGAAGAAGGCAAAUCUCUUAGCACAGAGACCUUCGCAAAGGUGUCCCUGACCAACCUCCGGCGGCAGGCAGUGCCUGACCUCUCUUCUGAUCUAGGCAUGAACAUAUUUAAGAAGUUUAAGACUCGUCGAGAGGAUCGAGAGAGGAAGGGCUCCAUUCCCUUCCAUCACACGGGAAAGAAGCGUCAGCGCCGUAUGGGGGUUCCUUUCUUGCUUCAUGAUGACCACCUGGACGUCUCGCCCACUCGUAGCACCUUUUCCUUUGGAAGUUUCUCCGGCCUUGGUGACGAUCGGCGGGCCCUAGACCGGGGGGGCUGGCAGGCUACAAUCAUGGGCAAAUUUACUCGUAGGGGAAGCACAGAUACCGCUGCAGAUGCAGACAGCCUGAGUGCCAAACACUCACAUUCCCACCACUCUCUGCUCCGGGACAUGCCUGACCACUCCAACAGCCACAGUGACAACACCAUCAAAGAGGUUCGAUCUCAGAUCUCCACCAUCACCAUGGCAGCAUUCAACACCACUGUGGCGUCCUUCAACGUGGGCUACGCUGACUUUUUUACAGAACACAUGAAGAAAUUGUGCAACCCCGUAGUGGUGCCUGAGAUCCCUGUUGAACCGCUAGCCUGUACCAACUUGCCACGCAGUCUCACAGACUCGUGCAUCAACUACUCCUGUCUGGAGGAAGGAGAGAACAUUGAGGGCACUAAUAACUUUGUGCUGAAGAAUGGCAUGUUGGACCUCACUGCUGUUCUGCGAGCUUUAUAUGCUGUUCUCAGCCACGACAUCAGCUCAAGGAUUUGUGACGUGGCCCUCAACAUCAUUGACUGCCUUCUGCAGCUGGGUGUGGUGCCUGGCAUGGGCAAAAAGCUGUCCAAGCCUGACAACAAAGAGAACCAGGAGGCCCGAACCAAAGAUACAACUGGCCAGGGCUUUGGAGGUGCUCAGGGAGUUGGGGCAGUUCCAGGUGCGGGAGCAGGUGGUGAGGGAGAUGGAGGUGGAGGGGGAGGAGGCAGCGGGGGAGGCAGUGGGCAAGGCAGCAAAGAUGAUGUGAAGAAUAACAAAGAUAAUGAUAAAAAGGAAGAAGGCUCCAGCCUAAGCACCCACCGCUUGGCCCUGACAAUGCUGAUAAAGAUAGUAAAGUCUUUGGGCUGUGCUUAUGGCUGUGGUGAGGGACACCGUGGACUGUCAGGAGAUCGCCUCAGGAUGCAGGCGCAGAACUGCCUGACCAGCCUGUAUAAGCUGGACAAGCUGCAGUUUCGUCAGACAAUGCGCGAGUAUGUCAACAAAGACUCUCUCAAUAACAUUGUGGACUUCUUGCAUGCACUGCUGGGCUUCUGCAUGGAGCCUAUUACUGACAAGUACGGCAGUGCAGGUGAGAGGUCCAGGAGGGCGAAAAAAAGAAACAUCGACAAGGCGGGCUUUGGGAACAACUUUACCACGGGGGACAACAAGUCUGUGGCCCAGAAUAUGGAGGCUGUGGUGGUGGGUUGCAUGUUCAAGUCUCUCAUCACCCGCUGUGCCUCGACCACACAUGAGCUGCACAGCCCGGAGAACCUUGGUCUGUACUGUGAUAUACGCCAACUGGUCCAGUUUAUUAAGGAGGCCCAUGGAAAUGUGUUCCGCAGGGUGGCACUGAGUGCACUUCUAGACAGUGCCGAGAAGGUCACUGCCACCAAGAAACCCGACGACAAGGAAGAUGGCAAACAACCUGGGCCCAAAAGGUCACAGGCGGGUGUGUCCGGGGACAAGGGUCAGGUGUCCAGUGCUGCAGAUGAGUGUCGCAGCUACAUCUCCAGUAGACCCCCCCAGACCCCCGAACAUGAAGAGCAGAUCCCAGGAGCUCUGCUGGGCAGGAAGGAUUUCUGGAGGAAAAUGUUCAAAUCACAGAGUGCUGCUAGUGACACCAGCAGCCAAUCGGAGCAGGACACUUCAGAGUGCACCACUGCCCACUCGGGAACCACUACUGACCGGCGCUCCCGAUCCCGAUCCCGUCGCAUUUCACUUCGCAAAAAGCUGAAGUUACCUAUAGGUAAUUGGCUGAAACGGUCCUCUCUUUCGGGGCUGACUGAUGGUGUUGAGGACCUACUUGAUAUCAGCUCAGUGGAUCGACUGUCCUUUAUACGACAGAGUUCAAAGGUGAAGUUCACCAGCGCAGUCAAGUUGUCAGAAGGAGGUGCUGUGGGACCAGAAUACGGCAGGGAUGAGGAGGAGAAUUUCUUCAAGCGGCUUGGUAAAUGGAGGUCUGGCAGAAGGAAUCCAUCCAAGCUUCACCACACAGAAGAGAAAGAUGGUCCCCAUAGUUUUCAGGAGCGUCUGGCAGCCAGCCAGGAAGCGAUUAGGAACAAGAAUGUGGUGAAUUUAGGUGCUAUCCGUCAGGGUAUGAAACGUUUCCAGUUCCUUCUUAACUGCUGUGAGCCAGGGACGAUACCUGAUGCUUCCAUCCUUGCUGCCGCUCUGGACCUGGAAGCUCCUGUCGUGGCCAGAGCCUCACUAUUUUUGGAAUGUGCACGAUUUGUCCAUCGCUGUAACCGUGGCAACUGGCCAGAAUGGAUGAAGGGCCAUCAUGUCAAUAUCACCAAGAAAGGAUUGUCAAGGGGGCGAUCACCUAUUGUAGGCAACAAAAGAAACCAGAAACUCCAGUGGAAUGCUGCAAAACAUUUCUGCCAGUGGGGAGAUGCCAUUGGCACAAGGCUUAGUGAACUCUGUCACUCAGACAGUGAGAGCCCUGCAAACAUCCUGGGUUACAUUUAUGAUGAAGAGACCAAACGUCGAAUGAGAAAAGAAGAUGAGGAGGAGGAUUAUUUAGAAGACAACACAGUCAAUCCUACAAAAUGUGGCUGCCCCUUUGCUCUCAAGAUGGCUGCCUGCCAGCUGUUGCUGGAAAUUACCACUUUCCUACGAGAGACCUUUCCCUGCUUACCACGGCCGCGCACUGAACCACUAGUGGAUCUGGACAGCUGCCGUCUACGCUUAGACCCAGAACUUGGCAGACAUCGCUAUGAGAGAAAAAUUAGCUUUGCUGGCAUCCUUGACGAUGAAGAUGGACAUGAUUCGCUCAACAGCAGCAGUCAUACCCUAAAGUCUGACACCACUUGUGAUGAUAAGAAAACCCAGGAGGCCCAAGACAAUAUCUCCCCCCUUCUCACAUCUCCAGUACCUAUCCGUAAGAUUCGAAUUGGAGGAUCUCGGCUGCUUCAGAUAAAAGGGGCUCGCAGUUUCCGUGUUAAAAAAGGUGGCUCCUUGUCCUCCAUACGCCGGGCUGGGAGCCUCAAGAGCACCAAGCUGUCCCGGCAGGACUCUGAAUCUGAGAAUGAAGAAGGGCUGCUGUCACAAACGCAUAGCAGAGACACUGUUACAGACAUAGGCAGUCCAUUCAGCAAUAGUGAGCCCAGCAUUGAACCAGAGGGCCAGGGUUCUGGAGGAGCAGAGGACAACUACCACCGCAACAUGUCCUGGCUCCAUAUUAUGAUCCUGCUAUGCAACCAGCAGAGUUUUAUCUGCACCCACAUAGACUUCUGCCACCCACGCUGCUACCAGCAUCACAGCCGUUCCUGCGCCCGUUUGGUCCGAGCCAUCAAACUUGUGUACGGCGAGACAGUGGACAGCCUGAGAGAGGAUAGUGGCUCCUCUGGUCACCCUGGAGGACGUUCUAAAAAGAACAAAGAGUGCUCGGACAAGUCUUGCCUGAGGACCCCAUCUAUGAAAAGGAGACCCACUGACUCCAACACAGAAGGGAAGAAGGAUACGGGGAUGCUCAAAUAUAUUCGCAAUCAGGUGACUUGCUAAAGUCUGCUCUAGACUUAAAUCUAUGACUAGAUAAAG